GUCAGAGAGCUUUGGGAAUACACUCUGUCCUGCUAGAGGGAUUCCUGGAGAUGGAACUCUGUGCCGUGACCCACAGAACCAUCUCGAUAGCACACUGAUGUUCCUGGAAGACCGGUGGUUCUUCUUCUUGCUCCUGUACCUGAGUAUACUUUGUUGGUUCUCCUAAUCUUCCAAGAUCCAAAUACUGUGUCCCCAGAACUCAGUUCUUAGAUGACAGUUUCUCAUUCAGUCUUAGGGUUGGGUACAGUAUACUGAGACAUUCCUGAUUCCAGCCUAGAUAUCUCCUCCAGAUUCUAGACUCAUGAUCUCACUGCCUUCUUAGCCUUUUUUUUUUUUUUUUUUAAAUGACUAGUUCUUCCCACCGGAGUAAACUGAUUCUGUCUUUACUUUGAAGCCAUUCUUUACUCCCUAACAUCUCUCCUUGGUCCUUCUUGUGUCAGCAAAUCACAUUGGCUUUAAAAUACCUCCCCAUUUUUAUAUCCAUUGCUUCUAACCUGGUCCAAACAAUUAGUGUUCUUCUCCUGGAUUGCUGCUAACUGUAUUCCUGCAGCCUGUUUCUAAGCCAGCAUGCCAAAUAACCUCUGUGACAUACUUUGUUCACUUGACUCCAGCCACACCAGACCUGCUUGCUGUUGUAUUCCAGGGCUUCCCCGAAUGCCUUAGCAUGCCUGGGACUCUACUUAUUGCCUGCUGUCAUUUCUCUCUACAAAUGUCAUUUGAUGAAGCCUUCCCUAGCCACCUUCUUUAGUUACAAUAACAGGACCCUGAUAUCUGAUCCCCUCCCUUACCCCCAUCCCCUGGCCCAGCACUCUGAUGUUGUUUGUCAUCUGGUUGUCCAUUGUUCACAGUACCCCAAAAAUACUGGUUGUACUAAUAUGAAAGAAAGGGAGGGAGGGCAAAGCCUGUGCAAUUUAAGUGUGGUAAAUGUAUUGAUAACGAAGCAACAAAUGAGCAAAGUAGUAAAGGCCAGCAGCCUGCCUGUACGUUGCUGAAGGAGUAGCUGGAGGGAAUUAGAGAAUUUUGUAAAGUACAUCACUGCCAGUUUGCUUUUAUGAAUUUUCGUAUCUAGAGUUUGCUUCAAGAGACUAUCUGCUGAUAACAUGGAGGAGAACAGCACUUUUGAAGAAACAUGUCCACACUGCUUCCAGUUGUUGGUUCUGGAUAACUCUAGAGUGCGCCUCAAACCCAAGGCCAAACUGACACCCAAGAUACAGAAACUCCUUAAUCGAGAAGCAAGAAAUUAUACACUCAGUUUUAAAGAAGCAAAGCUGUUGAGAAAGUACAAAGACUCCACAAGUGUUCUGCUGGUUACCUGUAGAACAUGCAACAAAACAGUGAAACACCAUGGCAAGAGUAGAAGCUUCCUGUCAGCACUGAAGAGCAACACAGCCACUGCUACAAACAAAGCCAACCUGAAAACACCAAAGAGAAAUACCCCAGGCUCCACGCACCCAAGUCAUAAGAUGUCUGAUUCCAAAGGCAAAAGCCCCUUUUUGACUUUCAGAACACCUGCAUCUGGACAGUCAACACCCAUCUGCUCCUCAAGGAGUGGGAGCAAAAGAAAGAAACACUUCUCUCAACUAAAAGCGCUGCUUAGUCAGAGUGCAUCUGAGAAGAACCCAAAGCUGGACUUCAGGCACUUCUUAUCUUCUCUGUGAAGAGAACGGCCUUUGAAAAGGACUGGACUGCCUAGUGCAGGUUCUCAGACUCCAGUUCGUUAACAGCUUUUGUCUUCUCUUGGAUUUUUGAGCACAUGGAGACUUGGUCCAAAAACAAGCUCUUGGCAUCCUUUGGUGCUUAUGCAGAAAAUGCCUCAUUAAAUCAAGUGACUGGGACUCCCCUGGUAAAUGUGAAGAUGAAAUACAAAAGAGCAGACCAGAGAGAUGGCUCAAGGGUAAAGGCACUGGGGCCAUGCCUGACACACAAGGCAGAGAGAACCCACGGUACCAGUUGUUUCUGACAUGCACAUGAGUGCCCCCCCAUAUACAAAGAGUCAAUGUAAUAAAGGGUUGAGGGUUUAAGAAACUGACAGUUCUUACAAUAAAGAUACAGUGGAUUUUGAA